AUGGUCUGGGGAGGAAUAACGUCAAGGCAACGCACAGAUCUUGUCAUUAUGCCACCGCCAGGAAUGACAGCAGUGCGUUAUAUUGAUGAAGUUUUGAGACCUCAUGUGGUUCCAAUGAGCCAACAAAUGGGGAGGAAUUUUAUCCUUAUGCAGGACAACGCGAGACCUCACACCGCGGCAGUUACUCGCGAGUUUUUACGAGAAAAUGAAAUCCAACUGCUACCACAUCCUGCGGUCAGGCCAGAUUUAAAUCCCAUAGAGCAUAUCUGGGACAUUAUGGGUCGCAGGUUAAGAGAUUUGGCACGAUCACCAGCUAAUCUUCAGGAUUUGUCAGAAGCUCUAAUCAGAAUUUGGAAUGAAAUUCCUCAAGAGGAAAUUAGAGCAUGCGUAAAUAUGCGCACGCGGUUGCGAGAAGUGAUCGCACAAAGAGGAGAACCUUCGGGAGGUUUGAUUUUUGAAUCGAGCUUUCAUGUAGUUACGCCGAGUGUACACGGCCGGGUAGAUGCCCAAGUUGGGACAAAAUCAGGGGUCGGCUUUGUUGGCUUGCGCCUCACGUUUUGGGUUACGGGAAUUUUAGGUGCUUUUGAGUUUGGAACGACUGAAUCGUCUAGAGGGGGCACAAGGGGUUCUGCCGAGCUAUCCAGCCGGUUGUCACCUAACUUUGGCAUGGAAGUUGAUUGGGUGGACGAACUGGCUUUCCAUAAUUCCACACAGCUUCAAUUGCUAGAUUUAUCUGGCAACGUUCUCGAAACAUUACACGAGCGCACACUGGAAGGUUUACUUCGAUUAGAAUCUUUGAAUUUACGUGACAAUCGACUCACUUCGUUGCCCGAGACCAUUUUUGAUACGUCAAGAAUUCAUGUCUUAGAAAGAAUCGAUUUAUCUGGUAAUCGUUUUAAUGAAAUUCCAAUUCACGCAAUACAACGGCAAUUAUCGUUAUUUAGCCUAAAAUUGGCUCGCAAUCGAGUGGUGGAAGUAUUUACACAAGACUUUAUCAACAAUGUAAAGGAGCUUGAUCUUUCGAAGAAUCCUCUAAGUGAAAAUGCAAUACGCAGCAUUCUGGGCGAAGCAAAAAUACUGAGAUCGUUGAACCUCGCCAAUACAAAUAUUAAAACUAUUCCGAGGCUAGAGACGCCAUUUCUCAAGCAUCUAAAUCUCUCAGAUAAUGCAAUUGCAGAUAUUAAACCUGUUAUGUUGGAGCGAACUACAAUAUUAGAAAAUCUAGACAUAUCGAAGAACCGUCUGACGGACUUGACGAAUCUGACAAACACUUUUAAAAAUCUAUCGGUUCUUCAAAGCUUGGAUAUUUCUGAUAACGAAAUAAAAAACAUUAAUAAAUACAACUUUGAUAGAUUAUCUACACUGCGUUCCUUAAAAAUGGCAAACUUGUUAAAUUGUACUAGGAUCGAAAAAAAUGCAUUUAGGUCACUGACAAAAUUGCAACUUUUAUAUAUCUACAACUAUCCGAAGCUCGGUUAUUUAGACGUACAAGGUAUUCUGAAAAAUAUGACAAAUCUAGAAAUAUUAGAUAUUGAAAUCAAGGACUCCUCAGUGAGCAAUGAGCAAUUAUCAAUGCAUAUUCAUCCUUACUUACGAGAACUGACAUUACGAGGAGAAAGACUUCGCAACAUCCUUUCAAGUUCAUUGGUUGGUGUGCGUGGCCCAAGAUUAUUCUUCAGCCUGAAGAAUACUUCUGUGGAUACAAUACCACCGGCACUCUUUUUCCCAGUACCACGUUCUACCAAAGUGGAGCUGAAUGUCUCCGGCAGCAAGUUUAUCAAUCUAUCAUCUCAGUUAUUAGCUGCUUUAGACGAACGUGGAGGUUAUGUAAAAAUUAACGGAUUGGAUAAUAAUCCUAUCAACUGCAGUUGUGAAAUGAAACACCUGUGGAAAUGGCUUAUGUUGUCGGAUAAUAAAGCACCUAUUGUCAUAUGUGGCAGUCCCAAUCAUUUAGCAGGCACACUGUUGAAUAAUCUCACAGAGGAGAAUUUCUUGUGCAAUCGUACGACGCUAACGAAAUCGCAAACAACGGAAACUUCUUCACUGAUGAAAUCAACAACCCUAAACCCGGAGAUUAUUUGGACCGUUGUACCCACAGUACAAAGCAAAAAUAAUAACUUUAAUAAUGAUCGUAUAGGUAAGUUACUUAAAUAUCCUUCAUUAUCACGCAUGAAUUGA